AGACUCCCCAGGAAACCUCGCUCUUUCUUGUUCUCAUUUCCCACCAGGAACUCCCAGAUCUCAGGAAUACUUUUGGCUCCCGUUCUUUUUCCAAUUUCCACAAAGUGUACGAAGAUGAGUCCGAGCAGCAUCCUUUCUCUCCUGGCUUUCUGCUUCAUAAGCAAGCUGCUGGCCGUAGCAUCAUCUGAGAUUGAGGACCAGAGGUUCGGGAUUCACCAGAGUGAAAUCGCCAUGGCGCAGUAUCAGUGUUUCCAGAGGAUUACGAAAGAAUCUCAUCGCAAAACCAAAACCAUCGGGCUGGAGUGCAACACGACGUGGGAUGGCUGGUUGUGUUGGGAUGAAACUGAAGCUGGGGUGAAGCAACAGAACUGUCCAGGCUACUUUGAGGACUUCGACACUCAAGAAAUGGCCUCCAAAGUGUGCACGGAGUCUGGCGAGUGGGAACAACACCCCGAAAGCAACAGAACGUGGACAGACUACACAAAGUGUAAAGCCAACAAGCGCAUUAAGACAAACUCAGCAAUGACUCACUUCUACUUGAUCAUGAUCGGUCACGGACUAUCCUUGAUAUCACUCCUCAUUUCGCUGGGAAUAUUCUUCUAUUUUAAAACUUUGAGCUGCCAGAGAAUAACGCUGCACAAAAACCUUUUCCUCUCAUUCGUGUUAAACUCGGUCAUUACUGUUGUGUGGUUCUGCAACAUGCAGAAGGGGAAUUCUGGCAGCUGUAAACUUCUUGCCUUCAUCCACUUGUACAUCAUGAGCUGUAGCUACUUCUGGAUGCUCUGUGAGGGCAUCUACCUGCACACUCUGAUCGUCGUGGCGGUGUUUGCAGAAAAACAGCAUCUCACGUGGUAUUAUCUCCUCGGCUGGGGUUUUCCACUUGUGCCAGCAGUCAUAUAUUCAAUAGCACGUUACUGCUACUACAACGACAGAUGUUGGGUCAGCCCGGCUACGUCCUUGCUGUACAUCAUCCAUGCUCCAAUCUGCGCUGCACUGGUGGUGAACUUUUUCUUCUUGCUGAACAUCGUUCGAGUUCUCAUCACCAAGCUACGAGUGACGCACCAGGCUGAAUCCAGCCUUUACAUGAGGGCAGUGAGGGCAACCCUCAUCCUCAUCCCUCUGCUCGGCAUCCAGUACGUCUUGCUGGCGUACAAGCCCCAAGAUCACUGGAUCUCUGAGAUCUAUCAGUACAUCAUGACCAUCCUCAUGCACUUCCAGGGUCUGCUGGUUUCUACUAUUUUCUGCUUCUUCAACGGAGAGGUUCAGACUGUUAUAAGGAGACAAUGGAAUCAACAGCGGUUGCAGUUCGCCGGGACUUUUGGCAAUCCUGACUUCUUCCGCACCACGUCUUACAUGGGAACGUCGCUCACCGAGGUCCACCGAUGCUACAGCAUCGAGAGCCACACGGAGCACUCAAACGGCAGAACGUACUCCGACAUAUUCAGAUCGGACAGCCCUUUUGUGUGAGCGCGGCGUUCCCGCUCUUGUUCUCUCCUCUGAGAUCUCCAUCUUCUAGGAGUGUUACAAAAAAAAACAGACUUCCUUUUAGGGGGAUUUUUACCCCCAAGAUGCUGACUAUUUUGAAAAGUCAGGUAAAGUAUCUUUUUAGUUUGUAUUUUUACGGAGUUUUUGUUGGACACGAGGAAUAUUCUAUUCCAGAACUAUCUUUUGAAAAUACAAUUUUAUUACCUAAUAAUGCGCAAAAAUAUCAAAAACGAGCUUAUAUUCCAGACUGUGUGGACACUUGCCAGUAAUGUGAUUUUUUUUUUCUCGAACCCAACAUACAUUACGUUAACGAUAGUUCAAGAAGUUUUUAUAUCCAAAGUAAUUUUACGUCUGUUUUUAGCUUCUCCUACCCCAAGCCUAACCAUCAGUUGAUUGAUAUGUUUCAGGAUGCCUGCAUUGCCAGCCUAGCAUGUAUAAGUACAGAUGAUUUACAUUUAAAGACCAAGUUCACUCAUAAACAGUUGUUUACUGGUUCUUUUUAAAAUGUGAUUUGUCAAUCUGAGUUUAACAUGUAGAAUGUUUCCCACCACUAACUCCUAUAUUAGCUGCUGGUAGAAAACAGACAGGAAAACACUCUGAUUUAAAAAGCAUGCCAGUUGCGUGUCACAGUUAGCAUGGCCUCACCAUCUUGGAUCACUGUGGGGCAUGGACGUAAUUUUCACUUUAGAAGUGUGUGUGUGUGUGUGUGUGU